CCCCCCUUUUCUAACCGGGGAUGCGUUCUCUCCAGCUUUUGCUAUUAGGCCGCAGACCUCAUCGUCAUCUCACCAGCCCUGAUCUGGGUCGGACAGAGAUAACCCACCGCCCGCGCGCGUGUUGCUUAGAUCGCUGCGUCCUCCCGUAGUUUGCCCCCUCUUCCUGAGGUGCCUCCCCUUGCCCUGCCGUGACCGUCUCCCGCAGUCCUGCCUGAGUCCCGUUCUCCCCCCCCCGCCGCUCGUCCCCUUCAGCACGAGAGCGUGGCAAUGGAGACCGCUUCGUCGCGAGCCACUCCCCCAUCCGCUAAAGCGGCAGUUCUGAAUCACCGGUAAAACUCUUACACACGCCAUGAAAGUUCUUAAGGGGUUUGCCUGGUCUGUAUCGAGGACCUUGUCAGCCCAGUUUAGUUGGGGAGUACAGAGUCGUUGGCAUGAAUUGCUUCAUGCCGAGACAGCCCUCCGUUCCCCUAACCUUGAUUUGGAAUAGCUGCCACCUAAAUGGCGUUCCCCCGGCUUAGGGCCUCUCCUUAGCUGGAGAUGCAAGGUGUGGCAGCUCCUCCAGGUACGUGUUUCUUACUGGGGUAGACGUCUCCGUCAAUUCCAAACUCCUUGUGGGUAGAUGAUUUUGUUACCUCUGCUCUCUCGUCCCAGGUGACAGUCUCAAAGGCUCCUUUCUGAUCCGUCCUGCCCCCACCAGGAACAGACUUUCCCCAGUGGAGUCCAUUACCGUUAAGAAACGGCACCUACGUGGCGCCUCUAGCUUUGCUUCAGUCUGUGUUUGAUUUGUGGGAUCUUUGACAGCCUCCAAAGGGGGACGGAGGUGCGGCGGCUGCUUAAAGGCUGUGAUGGGAAGAGGUAUCAAGCUGCGAGGAACCAGGCAGAUCAGGUGGGGCUUGGGCCAGAUGGGGAAGAAGUCCCUGUUAAGCUGCCAGAGCAGGGUAUGCAGACUUAAGGGCUAGAGCUUUUCAAGAAUUGUAGCAGUUUUGGGGCAGUUGAUUAGGUGUAGCAUCUACGCAGUGUCGUCUUCAGCAGCAAGCGUACUACUCCCUUCUCUGGCUCUUCAGUCUGCUGCGAAAUGUUGGAAGGAGCCAGAGAGAGGGGUGGGAUCUUGGUGUGGAGAGGAAGGGGAACGAAGGAGCAGUGAUAGGUGCAGUAACAGUCACGUUUAUGAUGCUUUAGCUGGAACUUGAGACGUGAUUACAGUAUUCACCCAGUUCUAGUGCUGGCUGCGUUAUUUAGCGAAUGAUACAUCUGAGUGUGCUGAAAUUCUGUGAAUGCGCUGUCUGACGUUUUCUAUCCCUUUUGCUCAGCCCUAGAACCCAAGUAUUAAAAGCUGAAACAAAACUCAGAAAAGCCCCAGAGAAGCUGUAAACGGGGGUGGUGUAAGGCGAAGGACCCUCUGGCCUUAGACUUAAGCUAGCUGUCACCGGGAACCCUUGUUUGUGCCAGUGUUGAUUACUGCGGCCUCUGGUACGUGAGCCCCUGUAACCGCACACGGACGAAAAGGAAGAUACCGCAAGAGGUGUCGCUGCUUUUCUAACCGAUUUUGGGGUUACGGUCUGGGGUUGUGCGCUCGUCCUGGUAGCGCGAGUCCGCCACUGAGGGAGGCUCGGAAAUUAGCCGCCUGUCUUGCCCCAGAGCAAAAACGCUCGUUGUGCCCUGCGCCACCUUCCGAUCUCCCGGACCCGUCGUGAUGCGACUCUGGGAUAAAGCCCCCCCCUCUCCCCCCCUGGACCCGCAGGAAGUCGUUGAGCGCCAUGGGGCUCCCGUGGGCAGCAGUAUCCGAAGGCCGGUCAGCAGCACUGUGCUCGCAGGCUUACGCCACUCGCCUGCCCCCCUGCCCGUUUCCCCUCGUUACAGCAGAGGGAACUGCUCUCCCGUAGGAUACGUAACUGCGGAGCGGGCCUGGAGCUCGUUCCCCGCGAGCCUAGGAGGCCCUGCGUUGCCGAAAGCGCCGCGAGCGGCCCUCAGCUCUGACGUAGGCACGGGUCAAGCCUCCCCUCGAGGUGCAGCCUCCUGCCUGACGCGCUGUCGUUAACAGUGCCAGCUCAAUUAAUCAGCUGCAGUGGCUCUAGGGGAAAACUCUGCCUUAGUAUCAUCCCCCUGGGAACGAACACAGGUCUGACAGGCUGGCCAGAGCCCCAGCGUCCUGCGCUGUGAGGCGCAACCUGCUUUCUCACCUCAGAUCCCGGGAGCAGGUCCACCAGCAGAGCCUAGCGCAGGAGAGCAGCAAACUUCUGGGUUGGAGCUAUCCUGUUUCUAACGCUUCUCUCUCCUCUUUUUUCUGACUUGCUUUUUGACGUUUCUCUGCUUCGAUGCCUUGUUAAUGAUUCCCUUUACUGCACUGUUUGUUGUUUGCUCAGCUCCUUGCAGCGCGUGUGUUUUUUUUCUCCCCUCUGGACAUGUAUAAUACCUUAUCAAAUUGAAUUCCUCUCAGUCCUCAGCCUCCAGUCCUUCCUAGUAUGAAGGCUUUGAAAGAGCUAUGCAGACCCCAACACCGAGGACAGAGAGGCCCUCUCUGAACACAGCUGUGUCCAACUUCCACUUUUCUGACUCAACCAAAUGAGCAAGAUUUCCCACAGUGGCCCAAGAUGAACCUUUCGGUACCACAAAGCCCUUUGCCCUGGCGAUGUCAUCUCCUGUCCCCAGCGCUGAGCGCGACAGGGUGUCGCUGCACUCGCUCUUCUCCCUGGGUCGUCCUUUCCUCCGAGGACCCUGCAGGCGGCUCUGUGCCCCUGCCCGCCAGCCAAGCUGCGAGAGCGUCUCCUCCGCUCUUGUUGCUCUUGUACUGCAUGGCCGAUAAAACUUUGACCUUGCGCGUUGUGCAGGCCACAGGAGCUGGCGCGCAGCGCGUGUUCGAGACCUGCUCGAGGCACUAAUUGCGGGACGCCUUCUGGGAACCGGCGUCUUAGGGAAGCGCCCUGCCUUGCAGCCUGCUAGGAAUUGAGGAAGGACGCGUGAGAAGCUAAGCGCGAGCUGGCCGUUCUUUAACUGCGGGUGGCAUGUUGCUUCGUUUGCUUCAAUGCCCCUUUUAAGCUGUUACCCCUGCAGCCUGCUCAGGUGUGGGACGCUCAGUUGCUUCUGACUACUUGAGAAACUUGCCAAGUCUGCGUGUUUUACUGUUUUGGUCUUGAGUGAGCGUUGCUAUUCCCCAGUUACAUUAGCAGGUUUUUCCUUUCCUGGAGCUUAAAUUUUUGACUGGAUACCUUUGUCUCAAAGGUAUGCGUGAGUGCGCAGAGGGCUGGUGCGUGUCGGAAAGGUUUUGCUAAGAUGCUUUCCUCUACAGCCUAAACUCUCCGUGUUUCACUAUGCCUUGUUGUUCGCUCACAGAGGCCCGUUUGCGAUGGAGGAGGCUGGAGCCAUCUCCCAGCACUGAGAGCGUCGCCUGGCUUGGCUCUUUGCCCCCCUAGGGCUGCGGGGGCACAGCGAGAGGGCCCUCGGGAGAUGGCACCGCUCCAGACGUGGCUGCUCUCGGGACAGUCCCCAAGACAGCUGAGCUGGAGAAGGCUGCGUGAGGGUCUGGGCGGGCGGCAGGUCCCACCAGCUGCGGUGCCCAGCCGAAGUUGCCGCUGUUGGAGUAGCUGCUGGCUUUCUCCAUCCCUUUUGGUACAAAACAGCCGGUGUUUCUCCAGGACACUAGUCGUGCGUGACUGACUUUGCUCUGGCUUCCAGGAGGGAGGGCAGGAGCGGAGCUUGUAAGGUCUCGCUGCCGUCCUGGGAGUUGUUAGUUCCCACGUGUCUCCCGUGCCGAAGGAGUGGCUCGGCUAAGCCAUCUAGGGAACAGCUUUAAAUGUGGCACGAGCCCGUCCCGUCUCAGGGAUUGUGUUCUGAACCAAUUCCCAAUUCAAAGCUCAGCGCGUGAAAAGACAGCAGAAAGCAUUGGCUGCUUGAGCAGGGAUCAGUUGCCUUUUCCCAUCCUGCUUACGAUUGGUACGGACUUCUCUGUAAGGUGCGCAUGCCAGGGAGAAGCGAAGAAACUUUCAUUCCAAAGAAAGGAAAGCAGCUUUGGCUCAUGGGUUACUUUGAACUCUUGCCACCACGGUAUAAUUAGCAUUUUAAUAGAAAUAGUAGAUAUUUGUGCUACUGUUUAUAAUAAUUUCUCUUAAUUAGGAUGAUAGCUCUUACAGUACACUAGUUAAUUGGCGGUUCCUCGGAGCUUACAGACUUGAAAUUGCUGGUGAUUCCUGCUUUUCCAAUAGUAAGCUGAGAGAACGUGCAGUUGCUUCAAGGCAUUAGCUAGUCUGGCUUGUAAGAAGAUACUUGUUUUGCUCACGUAAUUUAAACAAGCCAAGAUGCUGUAGGUUGCUCUGCUCAAGCUUGGGUCUUUGUAAACGGCAGGGAGGUGCGCAGAGGUUUGCAGUGCUGCCCCUUAGCUGGUGCGCGGCCCCGCAGGGCCCCGGGAGCACCCCGGGCCCGCAGACGAGCGCUGGCCUCGGCGUGGCUCGGAGCGCUCGGCGAGUUGGUGCUGUGACGCUGGCGGAAGCGUUCGUCACGUCGUGUCUGUGCAAGGCGCUGUGCAGCCGCUGGGGCUCAAGCGCAGCCUCAGUCACUCAGCACCUUUCUAAAAUAAGUGGGAAGGGUAAAGUUGCUCCAAAUAAGUGGCGAGAGUUUCAGCUGUCGAUACAUCUGGAAUUUAAAAUGGUAGCGGUAACUGCAGAGAUCGCUGGGAUUAUACUGCCCGGCGUGAAUUAGAUUUGGGGAGUUGUGAGGAUUUGGGUUUUUUCUAGCAGCAGGACAGGGCAGGUACAACAUAAAAGGAGCCUGUUUAGAUACCAGUGCUUGUUCCUCUUUCCUGUUCUUGUUAGACUGUGAAACCUGCGGGAUCUUUGCUAAGCCGCACGGCACGCUGCUAUAGUUCGCUAGAGGGGCCGCAAUUCUGCGGCCCAUAAAUACCCAGGCUGUGUUUAAGCAAUAGCUGAGAUGCGUGCCUCGUUAAGUAAGUGUUCGAUCCUGUAAUAAAAUGUUGUUUUCUUCCCCACUGAUAACCCUCUGUCUGCUGCUUUAUCAGACUAUGCAUUUGUUCACAUGGAGAACGAAGCAGAUGCAAAAGUUGCCAUCGAAAAUCUUAAUGGAAAGGAAGUGAAAGGAAGAAGAGUCAAUGUGGAACUCUCUACUAAUGUUCAGAAAAAGGGAGCAGCCCAGACUAUCCAGGCAGGCAUCAUUGUUGACAAGAACAAGAGAAUAGGUCUGGAGUAUAGGGAAAAAUUUCAACCCAAGAUAGAUGGUUUUGACCAGCGGAGGGCUGCAGACUCCACCUUCCCCUCAGCCACGGCAGGAUACGCCUCCUCCUCGCUGUACGAUUACCAGCAACGCUUCGGCGGCAACAGCGCAAACAAAUACGAUUCCUUUGACCCUCAGGCGAGGCCCGCCUCCCCUUCCUACUUCGGGAGGGACAGAAGCCCGCUUCGGCGAUCCCCGUCGAGAGCUGGCUAUUCGACGGUGACGCUUCCCAUGACGGCACAGCCGGCCACCUACAGAGCGCAGCCCUCCGCUUCCCUGGGAGCGACCUACAGAGCGCAGCCCUCGGCCUCCCUCGGCAUGGCUUACCGCCCUCAGCCGACCACCGGGCAGGCGGCCUCCUACCGCGCCCAGCCCUCCGCCUCCUCGGGCCCCCGGCCGCCGGCGCCUCUCUCGGCCUCCUACGGAGCCCAGCCCACAGCCGGCCACUCGGCCUCCUACGGAGCCCAGCCCGCGGCCAAUCUGCCUGGCUCUUACGGCGCCCAGUCUGCAGCCGCCCUCUCCGCCACCUACGGUGCCCAGGCUGCCUCCUCUCUGGCUGCCUCGUACAACAACCAGGCUGCGGCAGCGUCCUACAAAGCACAGGCCUCCGCUCCGCUGACUGCGGCCUACAGAGCGCAGGCCUCAAACUCGAUGGCAGCGUCGUACGCAGCGCAGCAGCCCUCCUCCGCUUCCUUGGCAGCCGCCUACAGAGCUCAGCCGGGGACCGCGUACGACGGGCCAAGCCAGCUGGGGCAACAGGCAGCCUCGUAUUUGGGAAUAUCUCAGACUGCUGCUGCCGCUGUCGCACCGCCGUACGAGCGCACCCGCCUCUCCCCGCCACGGAGCGCUGGCUAUGACGAUCCUUACAAAAAAUCUACUGCUCUGGCUAAAAGGUACAAUUCUGAUCGCCGUUUAUCUGACCUCUCAGAUUACCGUCGUUUAGCAGACUCGCCGCUCGCGUACCGUCGUUCGCCGACAAAGUCCCCGAUGGAUUAUCGCCGUCUUCCAGAAGCACAUUCCGAUUACGCCCGCUACUCGGGUGGCUAUGGCGAUUAUAUGCAUACGGCCCGGAUGCAUUCUAGUUACCAGCGCCGCCUGUAGCGGGGGGGUCAGCUCUUUCCCAGGUGCAGGCAAUGGUUAAACAUUCCCAGUCGGGACAUACUUUCUUAGCAUAAAGCCAAUCUGCGUCUUUCUUAGGCUCGCUUUCUCUUUCGGUUCUCUGAAUCACACGUUCCUUCCCCUCCCGUGCUAUCUCAGGUGUCAACGCAGCCGUUCGUUUGGCUCUCGUUCCUUUGUGUCAUUUGGCUAAAGAUUUUCAUGUUCAUUCUAGGCGAGAGUGAGGAGUCCCUGGGACUUGCUGUUGCAUCCAGUGCAAUUAGCGUUCUCCUGGCCUUUAUUCCGCGUGGGGCAGGGGGCGGGGGUUUUUUUUUUUU